GUUUAAUUUCAAAUAUAAAAUUUAAAUUUAAAUAGACAUAUUUAUUUUCCUAAUAGUAUACUGUAAAUUUAUUUUGGAAAAUGAGCAAGUAAAAUACAUUUUGAUAUUUAAUUUAAAUUAUUUAUUACCUAUAAUAGCAACUAUUAUACAUUUACUUUUUUUCUAUUUUAUACCACUGUACUUUGAUAUUAUGUUUUCAGUUUAGAGAAACAACGGACUGGAAAGACGACUGAUGGUCAAAUUGACUAUCCAUAUACUGUAUUUUAUAUAUUAGAUAAUAUUAUGAUUAGAGUAGUGUUUAGAUCAUUUUUACUUUCUACAUACCUAUUUGAACUUAUUGUGAACAGCUAAUUCAGUACUUCGUUAUCUUUUCAAAGUAGGACGAAGAGUUUCAACUAGCAUUUAUAUUGUAUCUCGGUAAACGAAAUAACUUUAUAAAAUUAAAAUCAUCCAGUUCGAAUGGAUAACUAGAAUCCCGUAAUGUUCUUCUGUAUAAUCUAAAUUUGUGUUUAGCAGUUUUCUUUUCAAUUUCAAGAUUACGUGUGAUAAAAAAUUCUAUUGUUUGAAUAGGUAUGUAUUGUUUUUAUAAAAGCUGUAGAAAUUAAAAAAUGGCCAAUAUUUAAUUAUGACACAGAUAACAUUAAACGUCUAAUGUUAUCUGUAAUUAUAAGUCAUCUAAAGCAGAUUUUGGAGCAUUAUAAUUCGCGCCACAAAUAAUCGACUUUAUUAUAGUCGCUGCGAUUUCAUAAAGACCGACUUAAAAAUAAAAUUCGUUUUCAGGAACGUAAUUUAGUGGCAACGACAAAUACUUUCUGAACGAGUCUAGCGACUCUGGAAAACGUUUCUGAGCGCGCUCUAGAUUCGUAUUACCAUUUACCAUUACUCCUAUUACCACACGAAUCGUAUAGUUAACCAAGCGAGACUCUUUAGGUUACGCCUUUUCCCGACGGCAAUUAUGUCAAUAAUUUUGUUUAAAAGUAGAACAACGCACUCUACGGGUAAUAAACCAGUCGUUACGUAUGCGUCAAUUACGCAUACGUAACCAAACGCUUUGCUUUCACUCUACGGAUUAAUAAAUGAUUGCAGUAUUAAAAAUCGCAGCGUCAAAGACUGUCUCGUAGUUGUAGUAUCAUUGUAUUCCACCAAUUUCGUUCCAGAAAAAAAUGGUGAGUAGAAUAAACUAUAUUGAAUUUGAUUCUCUAUGAUGCAUUAACUUAAUCCCGAAAGUAUUAUUUUAUUAGACGUGUUGUUACUAAAUAUCUGUAAAUAUCGUUUAGAUUUUUAAAAAUCCAAUUUCCCAUUCAAGUGUGGUCAGUUUGAUUCUUAAUUUCGUCCCCUGAUAUCUGUAGCCUAAAUAUUUCCCUGACUACUGACUUUUUACCUCACCUAUAUUCAUAAGCUUGCUCACGGGUGAAGCAGGAGAUGGCGACUGUCUCCCCUGCGAGAUUUCUCACCAAAAUAUUUUUCAAAAACUGAUAAUUUAUUUAGACAUGAAAUUCUCUUAUAAAUAUGGGUUGUAGUCUAGCUCUUGAGUUCAAAAAAAAAAACAUGCCAAAAUAUCGAAAAAACCACUCCUAUAUUUUCUCUUCCCCUCCCUUACCUGAUUCACAUUAUGCAGUCAGAAUAUCAAUUUUCCAAUUUCCCAAAAUUUUAUGCGAUAUUUCCUUUCGCAUUGUAUAAAUUAUGUAGAAUAUUAAAUUCAAAUAAAGAUCCAUAAUACAUAAUGUAAUAAUUAUUAAACUAUGUAAAAUAGGUCUUUUUGCUACAAACUAUUACAUAACAUUGUAAAUAAGAACACAGCAAUCAUACAACUACAGAAUCAUACCGUAAAAGCGGUCGGAAAAUUAAAAAUCGAAAUUUUAACUACUUACAACUUACUGAUAUUUAAGGUGGUUACACAAAUGCUAUUAUAUAACCUAUUAAUUGUUUUUCGAUAUUUUAUCCUUUUGACGCCACUGUAUUGAUAGUGAAAUCAUAUUGCGGUGGUCAUAAGAUGUGUGUAAAAAUUUUCACGAAAGAAAAUCUUGCAUAUUAUUACUGGAAAUUAGAAAAUGAAUAUUCUAACUCCAUAAAGUGAAGCAAGUAUCCGAGGGGAAUAGAAAAUAUAGAGGUAGUUUUUCGAUAUUUUGACAUUUUUUUUUUUUUUGAACUCUAACAAGCUACAGACUAAACCAAAAAUAUUAAGGUGCUUUUUACAUUUUCAUCAAGAUUGUAAUUUUGUUAACAUAAUAUGAAUAGUGUAUAGAAUUGCUAUGGAAUUUUGUUAAAUUAUUUUUAGGUAGAUAUAUAUUACAUUUUGGUAGUUAAUUAUAUUGAACAAUCUAUUAAAUAUUAUGAUUAUUAUUAAUUUAGGUAGGUAUUUAUUUUAAAUUAUGGAAGUAUAGGCAUCUUCUCAAUUUAAAUCAGUACCUAUAUAAUGUAUAAUAGAUUAAAUUAAUUGUAAUUUUUUAUUUGUUUGAUAGCAUUGAGGUUAUUAUAUUAGUACAACUUAAUAAUUAUCUAAAAAUUGAUUUUAUAUUAAGAAUAUUAUUCUGACAUGUAUAAGUUGCAUUUAUUUUAAUUAUUUUAGGCUAGCCAAUUAACCAAAGAACAGAGAGAAGAAUNACUCAAACCAUUAUUUUCUAAUCAAUGGUCAUUGGUGAAAGACAGAGAUGCUAUAUAUAAGGAAUAUUUAUUCUCUGAUUUUGUCGAAGUAAGUACAAAUAUGUAGGAAGUAUUCACAACCAUGUUUUUAAUUAAAUUGUAAGAAAACAUUGUAUUUGCAUUUACUAUCUCCAUCAGGUAACAAACAAGAUUACCUUAAUUAGAAAAUAAAUUGUAAUGUUCAGAUUGAAAUUAAAGUGUAAACAAAAUUUAAAGAGGAGAAUAAUAUGUGAAAUAUUAAAUUUAAAAAUCAUUGUAUUUCGCUUAAAAAUUGAUAUAUCAGAAUAUUAUAUUAUAUCAAAACUAACAUACAUAUAUAGACUAUGUCCUUAAUUUUAGGUUUGAUAAUAGGUAAAUAUACUUUGAUGUUAUAACUAAAAGCACAAAAUGAACAAAAAGUAUACAUUUAUUGUAAUUUCAUGAAUUGAGGAAUUUCACUGAUACGGCAUAACAUUUUAUAUUUAAUACAUUAUUAUGUCCAAAAUUAGAGCAUUAAUAGACUCAUUUAGAAGAACAUUUCUAAGGGUUGUACUUAUUUUUUUUCUAAACAAUUGUUACACAAAAAAUUCUUCUUCUUCAUUGACAUCACAACUCUUCAAGAGUUUUUUCCGCCUAACCUAACCUAACCUAACCGACACCUCCCUCCACUCUUCUCGAUUUCGUACCUUGUCUUCCUAAUUUGAUAUCCUUAAUUUCUCUAAAUCCUGCUUUAUACCAUCUAUCCAUCGCUUCUUUGGACGUCCUCUCGGUCUCUUCCCUUUGGGUUUCCAUUCGAACGCAGCCUUAAGGUAAUCUGAGUUUGACCUUCUCAUCACGUGCCCAGACGAUUUUAUUCUUUGUGUUUUUACAAAGUUGGUUAUUCUUGGUAAUCCUGUCAAAUCUCGAGUCUCUUUGUUCGUUCUAUUGCGCCAGCACCCCAGGUCGUUGUCAUAUACUGGGCCGCAGAUAAUUCUUAGUAUUUUUUUUUCGAACGACAUAAGUUUUUGUUCCAUUUUGGAUGUUAAAGACCAUACCUCACACCCAUAUGUUAGCGUUGGUCUAAUUAUCGCCAUGUAAAGAUUUAUUUUGGUUCUUCUAGAAUACAGUUUAGAUUUUAGGUAUUUGGUUAACGAAAGUGAUGCCUCUUCUGCAUUAAUGAUUCGUCUAUUUAAUUCUAUGGACCAGUCAUUAUUACCACUGAUAGAAGCCCCCAGAUAUGUAAAUUGAUGCACUUUUUCAAAUGUAUGUCCUUGAAUCACUACAUUGUUGACAUGGUUGUUUUCUGGUGAUAGCUCCAUCAUUUUGGUUUUAUUAUCAUUUACAUUCAGCCCUAUGGUUUUUGCUUCGUUAAUGAGAGUUGUGGUGCUCUGCGCCACACUCUCUCCAUCAUCACCAACUAUAUUCAAAUCAUCAGCGAAACCUAAAAUACCAAUCUUGUUUGUGCCGAUGUCGAUACCAUAGUUAUCCCUUUGUAUACUCCGUACGAAUUUCUCCAGUGCAAUAUUGAAUAGUAGUGGUGAAAGAGCGUCACCCUGUUUCAAGCCUGUUACCACUUGGAAUUCUUCGGAUAGUACGUUGUCAACUCUUACUUGAUAUUUUGUACCAUUCAUGCACACUUUUGUCAGGGAAAUAAGCUUACUUGGAAUUCCGAAUUCGUACAUUAUAUUAUAAAGACUUUCCCGAUGAAUGCUGUCAUAGGCCUUUNAACAAAACUAACAUGGCUACACAAAGCCCUUAACUUAUUCUCCUCUUCAAAUUUUGUUAUUUUUUUUUAAACUUUAAGUUUAACCUAAAUGUCAAUAUUUAUAUUAUAUUUAAUUAAUUUGAGUAUAGCAUCCUCUUAACGUGAUAUCCCAGCAAAUGUGUUGUGUCUAUAGGUAUAAUAUAUACAGCGGAAUCAUUUAUCUCACAACAUCCAUUAUUUCAAAAAAUUGUUACUCUAAAAUGUUAAACUAAAAUUGUUUUGUAAUGUAAUGUAAACGCUUUGCGUUUUAAUAGUAUUCUACCACUCUUCCCCCACUGAAACAUAAAAGUGAAAUAUUUCAUCAAUGGUUACUAAAUAUUACCAAGAUUACAGUGGUCAGUCAAAAUAUGGCGAAACACACAUUUCAGGGAUACUGCCUUUAGAAGUAUAAAUGUGGAAGUGCAUACAUUAUUUUAUUAUAAUAUUUAGUUUUUAAUUUUGCAUAUAUUAAAUUAAAUUGAAUAAUUAUUUAUAGGCUUUUGGAUUCAUGACACAAGUUGCUUUGAAAAGUGAAAAAAUGAAUCAUCAUCCUGAAUGGUUUAAUGUUUACAAUAAAGUUCAAGUUACAUUAUCCACACAUGAUGUAGGUGGAUUAUCAUUGAAUGAUGUCAACCUCGCUUUGUUCUUAGACAAGAUUGAAAAAACCAUCAAAAGUUCUGUUUGAUUACAAUUGUUUUUAAUAACUUAACAAGAAAAAUAAACUGAAUGAAAUAUUAUAAAAGUAUACCUAUUCAUUUUAUUAGUUGUUCUUUAAUAAUAUUUUUACAAUUUGUUAAUCUAAUAUACUGAUAAAAAAAACUGAUGAGGCACAUAACUUUGUUCAAAUUGUAUACAUUUUAAAUAACAGACAUGGAUACCUACUUAUUAUUUUGGUUUUCAUAAAUUAUUUUUUUUUCAAAAUAAA